GGACGCCAACCCGUGAGGGGGAGCAAAUCUCAAAAAAUUAGCCUCAGUUCGGAUUGGAGGCUGCAACUCGCCUCCAUGAAGUUGGAAUUGCUAGUAAUCGCAAAUCAGCCAUGUUGCGGUGAAUACGUUCUCGAGUCUUGUACACACCGCCCGUCAAAUCACGAAAAAGGAAAGGAUUAUUCUGUUUCUCCAACUGAUGAACCUAAUGUAAAAACCUAUAAUUUUCAUAAUGAUAAAUUAAGAAGUGUGUUUAGAAACGACCGAGUGCCAGUACGAAUAACCCAAGAAGCCUAUGAUGGGAAAGAUUACACUUAUCGCGGUCAUUUUGAGGAAGGGAAAGAUUAUCGCUAUAUACGCAAGGAUUGGUAUUAUGGUGAAAAUUAUCAAGGAAACCGAGGAACAAACAUUUUUGGGGAGGAGGUUGAGGCGAAUCCGGAAACAUCCGCACCGGAGAAAAAUUUUAAUACCACUGUUUCACCAGUAAAUGAUAAUAAGAAGGAUAAUGAUUCUCUUCCUUAUCUAAUUGGUGGUUCAGUAAUAAUGGCUUCGGCUGGAAUUAUUGGUUAUUGCUUGAUGAAAAAGAAUCGAGGGAAAAAAAAGAAGUGGUUGGAAAGCCAAGCCAAAGAAGGUGAAAGCCCCGUAUUCGAAAUAAAUAAUUCUCUUCGUUUCAUCCUGAGUACCACGAGACACGUGAAAUCUUGUGGGAAGUCACGGGGGCCACCCCGUAAGGCUAAAUACUCAUUAGUCACCGAUAGUGAACUAGUACC